AUGAUGAUGAUGCUUCUCAUCUUCCAACAAUGCAUGAAAAUCCUCACCCUGCCCAUCCACGUGCUUGCCUAUUUUGGCUUAUGGGACCCUAUUUGUAAAAGAAUUUUCCCGUUUCUCGUGAAGACAGCGAGCAAAUCUUACAAUGCAAGAAUGCACAAGGAAAAGGAGACGCUAUUCAAGCACAUGCGGGAUUUCGCCAACGCCUCGGGAAAGCUCCACCUGUUGGAGAUCGGCGUGGGCCCCGGCACCAACUUUGAGUUUUAUCCACCCAACUCGCGCGUUACCUGCAUGGACUACAAUCCCAACUUUAGAAACGUCCUCCUGGAGAGCAUGGCUCAGAAUACGCACCUGCAGUUCGAGAAUUUUGUGGUCGGCUCCGCCGAGAACAUAUUUUCGAUACCGGACGGCUCUGUGGACGCGGUGGUUGGCACGCUGGUGCUUUGCUCUGUCGACAACCCCCAGGCUGUCCUGAAGGAAGUUCUGCGAGUGCUCAGACCGGGUGGUGUAUACUGUUUCAUGGAACAUGUAGCAGCUGACAGAUCAACCUGGACCUACUUCUGGCAACAAGUCUGUAACCCUACCUGGGGACAUGUGGGCGAUGGGUGCUCCUUGUUAAAAGAGAGCUGGAAAUAUAUAGAGAACGCAGGGUUUUCUAAACUGAACUUGCAACACAUCAUAGGUCCAUUGGUCAUAUAUGUAAUGCGUCCCCAUAUUUAUGGAUACGGUGUGAAGUAAUUGUUCAAUCUGGAGAAAGCAUCUUUCUCUUAAAAUCAGAUUUCUGAAUAUAAGGAAUUAACAGUAACAAUGCAUAUGCUGCAAUAAGAAAAGGGUUUCCUCUAUUCUAUAUCAUUCAGAGUUGAGAAAGGUUCCUAAAUGUUCAGGCUGCACUAAGCCUCAAUGGUACCUUGGAUCAAAUUUGGAGGGAGAACAAAUAAUAAAUGUAAAAAUUAAUUUAAAAAAACAAUCCUACUGUCAAAAGAUUAUGUGGGGGAAAAAGCCCCCACCAUUUUGCUGUGGCAUCACUUAGACCACCAUGUCAGCUGUCCAGGAAGGACAGCUCGAA